UGAACUUGCUCCCCUCCCCGGCAUUGAUCCCCCCGUUCCCCGAUGACUGGUGCCGACGACUCCUUCUUGACGCUCGCUUUUUUGCUUUUUUUUUGUGCUGUCACCAGACACCCGACAAACCUCCACCCGCAAAUCAACUCACCCUGUCCAUCGUCAUUUUGCUGCGGUUACCUUUUCAUUUCUCUACAGAGCCAAUAGUCGCCCCAAUCAACCAAUUACGAAUUAUUUGGCCUCAUCAAUUACAUCCCCCGAUUACUACAACGACUUUCCCAGCAAAUUAUCAGCGACCAAGUUCUUGUGGUUGCAUUCAUUAAAGGGACGACUGGCCAAAAGAAACAUCACAGCCCGAGCUUGGGAGAGGAGAGGAGAACAGAUCGACAAAAAGGAAAGGCAAUUCCACAAGCCCAGAAACAGCGACGACAUUCUCUUGACUUCUGUUGAUUUAUUAGACGGAACAAGAGAAAAACAAAGAUUGACGGAAAGCCACCCAAUUCGGCGGCUCUCCCUUGUUGUGUUCAGGGGAGCUCCAGCUGCUAGCGGUCGGCAUUCGCGCUCCGACCCCCCGGGCGGGAAGAGUGUUUCCCCAGGGCUUUGGUUGGGUGAAAGGUGGGGGGGGGGGGUGUCGUGUAAACAAUAAAGCCAUUCGUUGCUGGGGUUGGCCGCCAGGGUGCUGCCGCCGCCUCCAAUUGGGUUGCCGAACAUGGCCACCACCAUCACCAGCACAACUUCAACAUACAACACCACCACCCGCCACACCUUGUCUAGGAGAAAUAACGGUCGCGGCGGUCUCUCGUCCAUUUCGACUCCCAACCUCAACCAGGUCUACAACGCACACUCGACCACGGCGACGCGCCUCGGCCCGCCCGUGCCCCAGUUGUUCUCGCGCAAAGGCUCCGUCGCCGCCCUGACGCAGAACUCGCUGGCCAGCAUUCCGGAUGAUAGUGAAGCCUACGCCUACAACCAGGUUCUGGCCAGCGAAAACAUCAACAUCAUGCCGUCCCCGCUUACCCCCGGCCGCCUUGGGGGUGCCGCCGGUGGAGAGGAUGUCCAGGUGGGCGAUGUCAUCGAUGUGCCGGGCAACAUGACGGGCACCAUCCGCUUCAUCGGUCCCGUCACAGGUCGCAAGGGCACUUUUGUUGGUGUCGAGCUGCAUCCCGACUUUGCAGGCCGCGGCAAGAACAGCGGUGAUGUCGACAGUGUUUUCUAUUUCAGAACCAAGGAUCCAAACACGGGCAUCUUCCUUCCCAUUUCCAAAGCCGUCAAACGAGAACCACCACCCAUCAUGCCGACGAAUUCGUAUCCUCUCACCCCGGCCAGCGGCGGAGGUCUGAAGGUCGGAACUCAGUACUCGACAAACUUUACGCCACCGACUCCUGGUGUGCCGAAAUUCAGCCAGUCCGUCGGCCCAGGCCGUGCCACGAGCCCUGUCGGCAAGAAGCCUACGCGCCCGUCGCUGCCGCGUCCAGAGUCGCCUGUGAGAAGGCUGCAGAUGACGCCGGCGCCGAGACCCUCGAUCGGGGCACCCGCUCCCCCACGAUACGGCAGCCCGACGCCGAACAAGUUUGCCCAGAGUGUUCGCGGCACGGCGGGUGACCCGAGCAAGCGACUUCCUGCUCAUCAGAGGAAAGGUAGCGUCGGACCGCGAAGUGUUUCUGUGCUUGGGGUGUCGUCUUCGUCGUAUCAGGCCCAUCACUUGAGUGAGGAGGAUGCGGGACCGGUUGGCAUUCAGAGGACGCAGACUAAUGGGAGCGCUGGGUCUGGCUUCAGCCUCACGGUGAGGCCAGCCUCACGGGCUGCGUCUAGAAUCGGGAGUCACGCCGUCAACAAUGAGGAGGUGGAGCGUCUCAAGGCCGAGCUGGAGGAUCGGGAGCGGCAGCUUAAGGAACAGGCGGCCACGCUGAUGGAGAUGGAGAGCAGCUUGACGGAGCUGCAGGGGUUGAUUGAGGGUUCCGAAGGGCAGAUGCAAGCCGGACGGCGAAACAGUCUGGACGACAAGGAUGCCAAUACGCUACGGGCGGUGCUGAGAGAAAAGAAUGAAAAGAUUGCCAUGUUGACGGCCGAGUUUGACGCUCAUCGAGCCGACUUUCGGAGCACUAUUGACACGCUGGAGAUGGCGAGCACCGAGACGGAGAGGGUGUAUGAGAAGAAGAUUGAGGAGCUGAUGCAGGAGAUUCAGGAGCUGCAGGACAGGACGGCGGACGUGGAUACUGUGGCUAACCAGCUGAAGCAGUUGGAGGAGCUGGUGCAAGAGCUGGAGGAAGGGUUGGAGGAUGCGAGGAGGGGGGAGGCGGAGGCGAGGGGGGAGGUUGAGUUUUUGAGGGGCGAGGUGGAGAGGACGAGGUCGGAGCUGAGGAGGGAGAGGGAGAAGGCGCAGUUUGCUACGAAUGGGUUGGCGCGGGGGGGUGGAGGGGCGACGAGCAAGGAGUUGGAACAGAAGGAAGAUGAGAUUAGGGGACUCAAGGCGAUUAUUCAUUCGUUGAGCAGGGAUGCUGUUCCGAACGGCGGGGAGAAUGGGGUGGUGGGUGCGGGUGCGGGUGCUGCUCAGCGGUCUGGAUCUGUCAGAUCACACCAAGGGGAGUCGAUUGAUGAUCGGUUGAGCAGGGAGAAAUUGGAGAGGGAGGUUGCCGAGCUCAGGGCCUUGGUGGAGAGCAAGAGCACGAGGGAGGAGACGCUGGAGAGGGAGCUGGAGACGUUGAGGAGGAGCGCGGUGAACUCGGGAGCGGCAGGGCAUCGCGGGAGUGCGGCCACCAUGACUGCUGGCAGUGGAAACGACAGGAAUUCUUACCGGGACUCUCGCGGGACUGUUGUGCUGGCUCCCCGAAGCCCGGAGCAUAAGCCUGCUGGUGGUGUCGGUAAGCACAGCAGAGGAAACACGCUGGACACGAUGCCCGAAAGCGACUCUUAUAGCACGGCCACGGGGGAUAGUACCCUCUGGUGCGAAAUCUGCGAGACGGCCGGGCAUGACAUUUUGACGUGUACCAACGUCUUUCCUGAUCAACAGUUGCAUCAUCAGACGAGGGACAGCAGCAAGACGCCUGAUGGGGGGGAGGGUGUGUCUGGUCUUGGGACCAUGACUGAGGAUGUGAAGCUUCCUGCGCCGCUGAGCCCGGUCAAGGCUGCCAAGAGCAGUGCUGUUACUACUGCUGUCACUGCUGCUGCUGAUGAGGAGCAGCAGCAGCCUGCCAGUGUGGUGUCGGCGAUGGAGAAGCCGAUUAGGGUCAAUAAGGAGGCGGUUUUGGGGUCGGAGGAGCCGACGGCUAGCAUGGAGGGGGGUGUGGUGGAUGAGCCGAUGUGGUGCGCGCUUUGUGAGAAGACCGGACAUGACAGUAUUAGUUGUCCUGAUGAGCAGUUUUGA